AUGUUUGGAAAAGUGAUCGUCUUCAUUGUUUCCAUAUUAAUUUUAUUACUUACAUACAACUUCAUCAGGACAUCACUUGUGUAUAAAAAUAAGUAAGAGGUUGAUCAAAUCUUAAAUUAUUUGAACAAAUACUUAACUUAAACAUAUUUUGGUCCAACAAUAAUCAAAUCAUAAGUAAAAAUCUAAAAUUGAUUAUAUUUAAUAGUAUAAUUCUAUUUUGGUUAAACCAGAAGCAGAUUAUUGCUAAAGAUCAGAUUUAUACAAAUUUUAUCAUCCUGAUAUUGUGAUGAAAGAUACAUAUACUUUUAGAGAAACAAGAGGAGUUAUAAAAGAGACAUUAAGAUCUUCUUAUUAUGAUUGCAUUCCAUAAAUGAUAUACAAAUAAAUAAAUACUUAAAAUGAUAGCAUAAUAUCAAAUUUGAUAUUUUUUCCAAGACAUGUGUUACCUGUACAAUUAACUUUACCUUUCACUUAUUAUGAUUAAUUGGUUCAUAAAUUUUAAGUAGGUUCAGGUAAACAAAUCAAAUAAUUCAAUAGAAUCAUUAUGUUUAUUCUAAAAAUACAAUCACUUAACUUCUAGACAUGUGCUUUCUCAUAAAAAUAAUCUAAUGAAUAAUUAAUAUUAAUAUUUAGAUGAUAUCAGAAAGAGAGGAUUAGAUUAAGAUUGUAUAAAUAACGCAACAUUUAUUCCUAAAACUUACAGACUUUUUAAUAAGUAAGAUUGUUAAGAAUUUUUUACUUAUCUAAAUUCAAAGGAAUAUAAGAACUUGAUUAAGAGAGAUGGCCCUUAAUUUAUAACAAAAGUUGGUUUAGAAGUUCAUAGAGGAAGAGGAAUAAAGGUUCUAUUUCCAGAUGAAACUUCAAUUUUAUAAAAUACUUAUAAACGUGGUAAAAGAUGUGGAAUAGAUAAAUCUUUGCUUGUUGCUUAAAAAUAUAUAGGAAAUCCUCUGUUAUUUAAUGAUCACAAGAUAGAAUUUAGAGUUUAUUGGGUUCUUGCAUCAACCAAUCCAAUUAUUGCUUAUGCAUAUGAUAAAACUUUAAUUAGAAGAUGCAUUGCUCCUUUUAAUAAAUUCUCUUUGGAUAAAGAAGCACAUGUGUGUAAUACUGCAAUUGUUUAAAGUACUUUACAAUAGAAAGGAUCAGAUUUAUUUAUGAAUGAUGACAAUUCUGAUGAAUCUGAAUUAUAUAUAGAUUGGAAAUUAGACUAUCUUUAAGAUCUUCUAAUAAAAUUAGGAAAAAUCAAAGAUACAAAAUGGCUUUAAAAUUUUUUAUAUCCAACUAUUGAUAGAAUGAUUAUUCAUGCAAUCAGAUCAGCAUAAUCAAAUUUCAAUAGAGAUAGUAGAUUAGCUGAAUUUUUUGCUGCUGAUUUUAUACUAACCGAUGAUUUAUAAAUUUAUAUUAUGGAAAUGAACUACAAUCCAUAAACAUUAAAGACAACUUUAGCUAGGGAAAAGUAACAUGCCAAAAUGACUCAAGAUAUGAUUGAAAUAUAAAAUGCAUAUCUAAGAAGCAAAUAUUUAAGAUUUUAAAAAAUUAUCGCUAGAUUAGCCAAUAAAAUGAACAAAGAGAAAAGACCUCUCAAUUAAUUAUUAACAAAUAAAACAAUUGAUGAGAUCAAUUCAGCUUAUGUUGAUAAACUUGAUUAAGGAAUAAAAUUAAGUGAAAGCAAUCUAUUUAGAUUGAUUAUGGAUGAAAAUUAACCAGGACUAAAAAAGUACAAAGAUCUGAUAUAAUAAAAGUGUAUUUGA